AGAUUUCCCUAUUUGUUCGAAGAAAGAUGUUGUAAACAUUAGAUAAAUUAAUUAGUAUAAAAGGUAAGGUUUGCACCAUGCACCAUAUAGAAAGUAUUCAACUAACAAUGGCUCACUUUCAAAACGUAGCAAUUUGUUUGGCCGUGUGCGUCCUAGCCGUGACACUGGCUCAAUCAUCCCAAGGGGGACCACACACUUCCCAAGGUGGUCCAAACACCUCCCAAGGUGGCCCUCAUCAGAACCAGGGUCGAUCCCGAAGACAAGCUGAAGUCGGUACCUUCGACAUCACCCAAUCAGUAGCGAACUGGACCACUUGUAACUACCUCGUCGACCCGAAGAUAUCCUGCCGCGAUUGCCACACAAGGAUAAUCUGCAAGCCAAUUGGAGGUCUUCUGAAAAACUGUGACGAGCCUAGCAGACCUUAUUGCAACAAUGGAAUCUGUUCUCCUGUACCAAGUGUUCAAUGUGCCUAAACUUUCAACUGGUAUACCUAAUACAUCAUCAAAUACCUUUGAACCUCGGCUUUGUUUCAUUAAAAUCUUUUAUUGGCAUCACAAAAACUAAUAUGAUACAAUACAAUCUAAAAUUUUAAUAUUUUUAUCUUUUUGAUUCUACAAUAAAAAUCUUGUAUUAAAA